AUGGAUUCAGGUUCAGAAUCAUCAGAAGCCGAGGCUUGGGUCGACUUUGAGGACAUGGUUUUUGAUUGGGAUCGGAAUGAAAAAUAUCGAAAAGCGAUCGAAAUUACGGUUCAGAAGGCAAAGAAUGAACAGCACAGGGCAGAUGUUCUCGACAUUGGUAAGUGCUAUCCUUAAAACCAAUUUAUUUACAAGUUUCGGAAUUUAUGUUUUAUUUUGAUCUUUGUUUAGGCUCUGGAUCGGGGCUGCUCUCCUUUUACAGUGCAAAAGCUGAUGCGGACAGUGUCACAGCCUUAGAAAUGGAUCCUGUUAUUUUCGGGACAAGCCGAGACAUUGCGCAGAGAAACAAUCUAACGGAAAAAAUCCAAUUUAUCAACCGGAUAUCAACUGAGUAUGGUACGAUUUAUGAAAUCUAACAUUUUCAUUCUCUAGAAUCUACAUUCAAGUUUAAUGUGCUCGUCUCGGAAAUGGUUGAUUCCGAAUUGAUCGGCGAGAAUCUGAUUACAACCUAUAGGCAUGCUCUGAAGGAAUUGUUGAGCGCAAAAGUCUUGGCAGUUCCAGCCAAAGCCAAUGUUUAUAUCGUCCCUGUCGAGAGUGAUUUUCUCAGACGUUCUUCGGUUAUCCCAAGCCAAAUACGAGAAGAAUGUGUUGGGAAUCAACGAGGAUUAGAAGGCCAAUGGAGUGAACUGUCCGAUGAUUUGAUUAGAGGAGCUGAGAAGACUUUGGUGAAGUCAUUUGAUUUAGCGUCGCUUCAAAGUUUAGCCGAGAGUGAAUCGAUAAGUCUUCGAAUAGAGAUAACCAAUGAUAUGGUCAGUCAAAUUGAUGGGGUUUUGUUCUUCUGGGAGCUUGAUAUGACUGGCGAUGGAUCGAUUAUUAUAAGUACAGAGCCCGGGAAUUCAGCGGUCAGUUUCCAUGCUUGAUUUUAUUUUAUAAUUAAUUUUUUUGUUCCGUUUUGAGGAGUAAAAGAAGUAAUUUAGUGGCGAAACCACUGGCUUCCAAUGCUAUUCCCAUUCAAUGAUCCAAUUAUGGUCCGUCAAUACGACUUUAUACAGAUAACAGCUUCCCAUGAUCUUGUUUCCUUCUGGUUUGAAGCUGAUUUUGAUUCGAAUAGCCUGGGAAAGACCCUGAGGAUACGAAGAGAGUGUUCUUGUGAUUGGCAUUCGAUUGUUUCGCCGUUAACUAUCAAUCGGUGGAAUCAUUAUGAAGGAAUGGACUUUACGGAAACUGCCAUCCAAGUAAGUAGGCUUCAGUUUUGUUUUAUUUUAGUUAUCCCUGGAAAAGAGCAUUCUGGUACUCGGAAGUCACUCCACGCUAUCGUUGCAUCUUAUACAUUCGGCUAAUAUUAUUUAUCACGUGGAUUCAGACUUCAGAUUUCGACAAAAAUUCCAAAAUUCGACUGGAAAGUUAUGUUCAAACCGGAUAAAAAUGGUCGAUAGUACAGAUAAGGUUCCUUUAGACCAAGUGGAGUUGAUUGUUUUCGAUGUUAAUUCGGAUCCUACAGUAUCUCCAAUGGAAUUCGUGAAGAUAUUAAAGAAGAUUCGAGAGGACGCUCCUAAUAUUAGGAUCUUUCCUGAGGCAAGAGAUUUUGUUUUACGGAGGAAUGGCUUAUUGGCCUGAUCGUAUAUUAUGUCGUUUUAUAGAAUCUUCAUCUCCAAGCUAGUCAAAUCAAGUUGGGCGAUCUUUCCAAACGUCGUUCCAAUUAUACAAAAGUGGAUGAAUUCGAUUACACAGACUUUGUUGAGCUCUCAAGGCCCUUACCCAUCGUAUUUGAUCAUCAUCUGGAGCUGUUACCUAUUUGGGAAUACGAAAAUACAAUAAUUUCGACAACAAAGAUUUUCGAUCUGAUUGGUGAAGAAAGGCCCACCGAAAUUGAUCUGAAACUGGAUGAUAAAACAGAUGCGAUUAUUUUCUGGUGGGCCACGGGCGAACUACAGAAAGAUAUGUCCACGAAUUUGGAUGUAGAUGACAAGAAAAUACGAUGGAGAAGGGGUAGCCAACAGUGGAUUCACUUCAGAAGAGACGAUUUGGCCAAGAAUUUAAAUAUUCAGUUUGAUCUGAAGAAAUGGAGAUUCAGAAUUGAAGAGAUCUCCAUUUGA